AUGUCUGAUAAUGUUGUUCAUGCACUUGCAGGAAAAAAACGUGCGGGAGGUGGUAUGAUUAGCAUGGCCCUCACCUAUCCAUUGGUAACUGCUUCCACUCGUUCUCAAGUAUCCAAAACUGCGCGUGUUGGCCAAUGUGAAGCUUUUGUAAAGAUCUUGAAAGAGGAAGGCGUUCGUGGUCUUUAUUCUGGUCUCAAUUCUGCCAUGCUUGGUAUUGCCGUGACACAAUAUGUCUAUUACUAUUGGUACGAGUUUGUCAAGGCCAAGUUUGAAGGUGUUGGUGCAGCUCAACGCGCUCUCUCGAUUGCAGAAAAUAUGCUGGCUGGUGCAAUUGCAGGUGCAGCCACUGCGUCCAUCACCAAUCCGAUCUGGGUUAUCAACACCCGUCUCCUUGUGAACAAGGAAAGCAUGGAGGAUUCGAGCAAGCCUGUAAAACGUCUUAGUACCUUUCAAGCAGCAUGCAAAAUCUUCAAGGAAGAAGGGAUUCAAGGCUUUUUUCGCGGACUUCUCCCAGCGCUUGUAUUGGUCAUUAACCCAGUGAUACAAUUCACUGUCUACGAGCGAUUGCGUGUGUGGUGGGAAAAACGAGUUGCUCGGACACUCAAUGCAUUUGAUUUUUUUGUUUUGGGAGCAUUGAGUAAACUAUGUGCAACAAGCAUCACCUAUCCAUACAUUGUGGUCAAGUCGCGUAUGCAACUCAAGGAAGGCAAUGAUGAACAGUCAAGGUACAAAUCAGUUGGAGAUGGAAUCAGCAAGAUCAUCAAGACUGAGGGGUUUAAAGGACUAUACAAAGGUAUCGAGGCAAAGCUGCUACAAAGUGUGUUGUCUGCAGCAUUUACAUUUGCAUUCAAAGAAGAACUGUUCAAUGGAGCCAUGGCAUUGUUGGUACUGCUAAGACUGAAACAAGCCAAAGCAGCUCAGUGA